CGGAACGAUAACAGAGAAGGUUUUGGAAAAGAGGAAGAGGAGGAGGAAAGGUGAAAGAUGGAUCUAAGGCACGUAGAGAGCAUUUUGAAAGACUCGGAGAACGGUGGGUUGGUAAAGAAGAAAGAAGCACUGGUUUCGAAGCUUGACGAUAGAAAUGAAGUCGAUUUCGGCACUGCUCUCCAGUUGUUUCUAGAUCAUAUUUCUGUGGAUUCAAUCGUAGGGAUCAGAAAUUCACAAGUUCUGGAGCUGAACUCGGAUGAUUGCUUGCAAGAUGCAAUCCGUUUAUUGUACGAAAAAAAUGUAUCGGGGGCUCUUAUUGCAGGUGUCCUGGAAUCCGAUUCCACUGGGAGAUACUCGGAUCGAUAUGUUGGCUUCGUUCAGUUUGCUAGCAUGGUUCUAUGGUCUCUUGAGGUAAUUCAUUCCCACGACCUUGUACUUAUUAGUGAUCACCGUCUUCCAGAUCUUUGUCAAAGGAGGAGGGAAUAUUAA